CCGCACGGCCCGCGCCGGCGCCCGAGCUCGAGCUGGAGACGGAGCUGGAGUUGGAGACGGAGACGGAGCUGCGACUCGUCUUAAUGUCGCGUUAUCGUCGUCUCGGAAGGCUUCAAUGUCGGUAAAGCCGUAUUCAUCAACUCUAAGACGAACAUAAUCGGUCUGAAGAAGGGUCCCGACCCGAAACGCUGGAGUGGAUGUCCAUCUCCUCUACAGAAGCUGCCCGACUCGCUGCCUUACAGGGUGAUAGUCACACACCACGGCAAACGGGCCCAACCCGUCCAUGCCAACCAUCUAAGCUGGUCCCAUUUGCCCGCGUUUGGCCUAUAUUCCUCUAAACUUUUCCUAUCCGCAUACCUGUCCAAGUUCCUCCAGCAGUUUGUGUUUUGAUCAAGUGUCCGGCUUCUGCAGUUCCCUGUACCUCCACCCAUGACGUGAUUUGUUGCCACCCUGACUGAAUAAAACGGGGUAGAAGCCACUCUACAUUGUAGCAAAGACAGCAGUCAUUUAAUUUAACGCCAAAAAUGAAUGGAGACCCUGCUGUACUAAUGAAGACUCAUCAACCAUGGGAUGCGUUAAAUGCUGAUUAAGUUGUUUGCUCUUUUGGAGAUUUACUUUCUUAUUGAAUCACGAUCCGAGUAUAAUUAUCUUUGGCCGGAAGGUCCGACAAACUAUGGCUUCUGUUGAACGAUUGCCCGUCUGUUUACCCGAAUGGAGCGUGGGCAUCCGGAGAUUCCGCUUUGUUUUCCUGAGCUCGUCCAAUUCAGUAACGUUGUGCCAAGAUUUUCAGGUGAAGGAUAAUUUGAUUCCCCUCUUUCUUGGUGCUGAUGUGAUUGCAAAAACGAGCAUUCGCACUGAAAAUCAUCCAAGAAUUCAUGCAAAAUUUGCAAAGAGAGGAUUGGCAACCAAGCUCGCUUUUAGUUCAGAAUUUCGAUUUGAGGGACUGAAAAUACCAACCAUGGUGAACAGUUUGUGGUUUUACAGCAUUCAGGGGCUUUUUCGAAUUGCUUUUGAGAUGUACAAUAAAGAACAACAGCUAGAUGUUCUUGUUGUCCUACAGGAAUUGUGGAAAGCAAGAAUAAGUGACCCUGUUCUGAAUGAACAAUAUGAUGUUAAAGUUCUGCAAAACUUCCAUGGUGGAGAACUGCAUGAAAAUUGCCUUCCUGAUAAAUACAGCCAGAACAGUUUCUCUGCAUUGCACCCAAGCAUUCAAAGAGCAAAUAAGCUUUCUGAUAAUUUCUGUAGCAGAACUUCAUUUUUAGAUUAUACCAACAACAGUAUUGUAAAUCAGGGAGAUCAUAACUACUGUGUACAAGAAAGAAUUUUACAAGAAACUGAAGAACCUUGGAUAGGUAACUCACUGUGUGGAGAAACUUUGAGUGAUGAUCCUUUGUCCAUCAAGUUUAGAUCAAUAUAUCAGACUUUUAAAAUGUUACCAUCGGAAAGACACAAGGAACACGGGAAAGCAAUUAUACUGUUAUUUGAUGUUGUGGAACUCCUAAUAAGUGAAACAAUAUCAGCACAGAAGUUAGCUGAUAUGAUACUGCAACUUUUAACUCAUCUUCAAGACCUCAUUAUCAAGGCAGAAACCACUGAAACGAGGGUUAAUUCUAUUUAUUCCAGUCACAUGCUUUUCUCUGUAAGUAAGUGGUUAGGACGUCAGUUUUAUAUUGCAAAUGGCUCAAUCAGCAAGCAAGUAGAGGAGUUUAAAACAGUCCACAUCAACCGAAUCACAGACUUGCCACCUGCCGAGGAGCUGGUGGAUAAACUAUUUCCUGAAGCCAUGAAGGUUUUGCUGUUAAGCUGGAUGGGCCUUGAAGACAAUUCUGCGUUGUGGAAACGACAAAGUGAAUACCCAAUAGUGCUGCUUAUAUUAGAAUUUGCCAACCAUAAUCUAAUUACUGGUGUUGCUCAUGUUUUAUAUUCUAGCUUAAUUUGUAAAUAAAUUUAAGAUUUUAGGCUAUUUAAA